AUGAAUAUCUCACUUGACAAUGACCAUAACCAGGAUUUGGAGAACGCAGGUAUUGAACUGUAUGGUGAUAUUAGCACAGGAACAUCUGACGGUGCAAGAAGACAAGAAGUAAUGUGUGGUCACAGUUGGGAUUCUGUGCAAUCUUGGGACCAAAACCGUGCAAAAAUUCGAUUCGGUUAG